GUGGUGGAGGUGGUUGCACUUCCGGGUUGCGAACGUCUUCCUGGGUGGCUAGUGGCGGCGACGGUUGUGGGUUUUGGUGGGGAGCCCCAGUGCAGCUGACGUUGUCGCUCGGUUCCCGCGCUUCCUUGUGGCGAGCUUUCUCGAAGACUUCAGUGCUGUUUUACAUUACUUAAAGAUCAGCGUGCCUCAAAGUAGCAAUGAAAAAGAUGAGGUAGCCGCCCUUGAGCGUGCAAGAAUCCGACUUCAGAUGGAUACAAAAUAUAAAGACGAUGUGUUUAGGAAGUAUAUACAGUUUCAUGAAUCUAAAUUGGAUAUCUCUGAAAAGAAGCAUCGUCCAGUUAGUGAUGAAUAUCUACGAGUGGCAGCUUCAGCCUUACUCUGCUUUCCCAAGAUUGAUCCCUUUUAUAGAUUCCGUCUGAUUAAAUUUUAUGAGAUUGCUGAACAUUCACUUAGGUUCUUGAAAUCUUCAAGCUUGCGUUCUCUUCAGAAUGCAUUUAGUGUGUUGGAAUCAGUUGGGGUAAAUCUUUUCCUUUACCCUUGGAAGAAGGAAUUCAAAAAUAUAAAGACUUACACAGGACCCUUUGUUUAUUAUGUGAAAUCUACAGUAUCUGAUGAGGAUAUAAGGCACAUAUUGAACUCAAUGGGAUAUGUUCAAGAACUAGGAACUAUGUAUAAACUUAAAGAAUUGGUUGACACUCUCCAGGUGAAGAUGGUAUCAUUUGAACUUUUCUUGGCCAAAAUAGAGUGUGAACAGCUGAUUGAGAUUCAUUUGCAAGUAAAAGACAAAGGUUAUUCGGAACUUGACAUUGUAAAGGAGAGAAAAAAUAGCAAUGAUGAUGUCCGAGGCUGUUCAGAUGCCUUGAAACGUCGUGCAGAAUGCAAGGAAAAUCUAAACACUUCCAUGUCAAGAAUGGUACUUCAGAAAUCUGCUAGUGAGAGAGGCUGUAAAGAUUAUUUCAAGCCCAAAGUUAGCAAACCUUCUAAGUCAGUGGACACUUAUGAUAACUACUUGGACAAUAAGAAGCCACACUUGAUAUCAUCAUUAAGUCUCAGAAAAGAACCCAUUUUGGUUGAUACAGAAGAUGACAUGAAAGAUGAAAUAAUUCGUUCAUCACCAUCUCUCCUUGCCAUGUCAAAUUCACAUGGAUGCUCUGAUGAAUAUUUACCAGUUCCAGCCCAUGCCAAUGGCAUAUUAAGAACAGGAAUUCCAUAUGGCACUUAUUAUUCACCUCAAGAUGAAUUAGAUUUGUAUACUGAUCCUGAUUCCAGAAGUAUGUUUAAACGACAGGAAUCCACAAAACACGAUAUAUGGCUGCUAAGAAAUGAUGCCAACCCAGCUUAUAAACGUACACAUCUAGCCAAAGAAACCACUUCCCUUAAGUGCCAAAACUGUGGAUUAUCUUGUGGCACCUCCAUUUGCCAAAAGUGUGACAACAUGCUUAUCUGCAGGCAGGAGUAUCCAGCAGUAAAACAGAGCAACUAUUCUCUGAAAUCUCUUUCAAGUGAAGGCAUGUCAUCUGGAUCUGCUGUAAGAGAAAAACCUCAAUAUAUGUUACAGACACAAGAGCGAGCGUCUCAGUUCAGUUCAAAAUCUAAGCCUUCAAGCUCUUCACGCUGUGGCUUUUGCAAUCGUUCAGGAGCUACAAACACAUGCACUUUCUGUUCAAAGGUUUCCUGUGAUACUUGUCUCAGUGCUUACUAUUAUGAUCCCUGCUGUCGAAAAAGUGAGCUUCACAGGUUCCUGCCAAAUAACCAGUUAAAUUAUAAAUCAAACCAGCUGUCACACCUGGUUUACAGAUAGAUACUUUUUUUUUCUUGUUUGAAAAUUCUGCAUUUUGGGACAAAAGGGCUAAAAUCGCAAACUUGCUGAUGUUCCUGGUGAGAAGAAUCAUCCUACUAGCCUCUUAGGAGGAAAAAAGUAGACAUGCCCUAGUACUAGACAAAUACAUUGUAACACGUGUGCCAGUCCUUGAUGAUGUGAUUUUACAAAUGUUGUCUGUAUAAUAGUUGCUGCUGCUUCUCCUCUUUUAGGUGACUCUUAACUGCUCCAUUUCUUCUCCAAAAGAUACCACAUGUCUGUGUUUCAUUGCUGUCACCGUCUCAUCCACAUAACAGACCAGUAACUAAAAACAUAAGGAACCAAGAACACUAUUUUCAGUGAAUUGUGAAACUGUAUCUUUGGAUAGCUUGCACAAUAGUUCUGUUACCUUGUUUUUGCUAAAAACAAUGACUUAUUUUUCUCAAAAAAAGAAGAAAAAGAAAUAAAUUAGAUAUGUAUCCAAAACUCCAAAUCACCACUGUGCACCAAAUCACCACUGUUUCAUUCUCCUAUCUCUUUGUUCCUAUCAUUAAUUCCCAGAUUUCUCUCAAAAAUAUAAAAUUGAAUUCUGAGUGGAGUGUUAUUUUCCUGUGUUUCCAAUAUAGCCUACUUGGAUUAUUAUUAUUUUUUACUGUUCUAAUAUUUUUAAGGGAGUGAAACUGUAUGUGUUACCUUAUGCCUGCAGUGCUGUUUUCCCUAAUGAUUGGAUGAGCCAACUGUUGCACAUGUAUCAGAUCUUGUUCUUUCUACUGUAAAUAGGUGAUUUUGAAGCGGUCUAUUUUUUAAUAAAUAUAUUCAUUACGUUGUGUAUUUUUUAAAAAAGGGUAAGAUCAUGUAACUGAAAUCUUUGGGUUAUUUUUUCCAAGUGUUUUCCCCCUUUCUACUGUGUUUCUCACACAGCUUAGGAUAACUGUUAAAGACAGGUGUCAUUCAGACUUACUUGCCUCUUUAUUGCUUCCUGCUGGUUUUAAAUUCUGCUUUUGGAGUAAGUUACAGUUAGGCACAGAGUAUCCCCCUUCCCUUCUAAAUACCAGUGAAGACCUUUCAGGAGUGAUGACUUUAGCUGCAACAAGACUACGAAGACUUGGUCACACACAUAUGCUUUUUCUCCAUUUUUUUUGUUCCAUAAAGUGCCCCACUACACAUCUAUAACAUUGCUGAGUGGUGACAAUUAAAAAUACAGGGUUUGCUUUUCCCUGUGAAGUAAACUUUCUCAGUUUCAGGAGAGAGUCCAAAUACGGAAUUUGUUUUUACCCCAAAAGAUAACAGAGUACGUAUCCCUUCAUUAUUCAUCUUUUAUAUCAAAUUAUUAUGCCUUAGCAUUGCAUUCCAAACCUUGUGGGAGAUCACAAUCAAUCACAUAAGUGUAUAUUUAUAAGGAUAUAGACAUUAGAUAAAAAUUGUAAUCCUUUCACCUUUUAAGCCACAAGCUUAUGAAUGCCUGGUGAUCACACUAAAAGCGGGUUGCAGUGGUGGGCCAGAGCACAACAGGAUUUAAUAGAUGCCUGUAAAUUUAUUGAAAUAAUAUCAUGAACAAAUAUUAAUUGUAGAGUUUCAAACUAUUUUUUUUCAUAAUAAAUUGAAAGAAACUAUAGUCAAGAAAAGGAGGAGUUUGAUUAUUGCAUUGGCAUAUUGCAUUCAGUUUCUAUUUUUUUUUUUUGCGAACAAGUAUUACCUUGCUGACCGAGAAGGUUAGUGGAAAUCAUUGUUUCAAUGAUUGACUGAGAUUUCUGAACAUCUUAGAUGGAAUUUUUUAUUCAGUAUAUAUUACUGUACCUGUAGAUAUAAUGUAUAUAUAAUGCCAAAUUUAAACCUAUUUUACUCUUUCUAAGAAGUCUUUUGAUUUGUUCUGUUUCUGUUCAAUCUUAAAGCAUCAUGCCUGUUUUUAUUUGGCUGCUAUACUGUAUAAUGUCUAGUACAUGCUUGUUUGGGUUCCAUAUUGCAACUCACAUGACACUAAUGAAGAAAAACUGUGAUGCCACGUAAUUUAUACAGUGAACCUAGCAGGGACUAACUAUAUUGCUUUAAAAACAAAAAACAAGUCCUCUGUACAUACAUGUCAUGGAAUAACUAUAGUACAACAGUGUUAAAUUGCAAGUGAUAACAUGGUAAAUAUAUUUUUAUGUGUAUCCUACUGUAUGAGGUUGCUGUGACUGAGACAGUAAAAUAUGUUAAU